GCAUUUUAAUGCUCAGAACAUAUGCGCUCUGGAACAAUAAUAAAUCUGUUCUGGCCGCCAUGGUGACCGCCUCUGUUGCAAUCAUCAUAGCAUCCAUCAGCAUUGCAUUUACCACUAUUUCCACCUCAUAUAUUCUGACCAGCGCGAUCCCCGGAAUCGCAGGCUGCUAUCGGAGCUCGAGGGGUGUUCAAUUCUUCAUACCGUAUCUUCUCUUGUUUGUGUUUGAAUUGGGACUGGUCUCCCUCACACUCAUGCGUACCAUACAGAACUGGCGGUCGGAUAACGGCCCUCUGUACACUGUCCUGGUGAAGCAUAACAUAUUCUACUAUGCAUGUGGUCUGCUUUUAUCGGUCGUGAACAUCAUCAUGCAAGUGCUGUUUUCCGAUUAUGCAUACCACUCCUUCUUCGAAGAUAUGCUGUGCUUUCUCCUUGCAAUCUUCGCCACGCGGAUGCACCUCCAUCUCUGGCAUAUCAACCGCAAUGCGCACGGCUCUGACGCCCUUCUGUAUAUGUCCGACAUAUUACUUCCAGGCCGUACAGUAUGACAUCGCAUGGCAUGGUUAUUGCGGCGUCGUUCGUGGAGUGGCUUCGACGCGUACCUUUCCGUUUUGAACUUGAUAUGGCAGAGCCAACGCUAUUAUAUUGUUUGUAGACAUUAACGAUGAAUCAUGAAAACCUCCGUCCGUUGCAA